CAACUGUAACUGAUACUGCCGACUAUAUCUGAAGUUCUCCAUUGUUUGAAAUCAUGCAUCGUCUGAUUCUUCUUUCCUUUGCGUUAGUAGCUGUCAUUGCAACCACGUCCACUGAAGUAAAGGCAUCGCCAGUAACAGACUCGGAUAUAGAGAAAACUGGAGAUGAAACUCACGAACUCUCAAAACGCGGUGGCAGGAUCAGGAUUCACAUAUUCGGUCUAUGUUUAAUAGACAUCGAAUGGGACAGAAAACGGUCAUCGUUUUACAGGUCAACAGAGUUUCAAAUAGCUGUCCAAGCAAAGACUGGGGAAAUCGUGUACAAUGGACCUGUUUCCGUAGAGGAUGGUGCAACAGAAGUUGACGUAACUUCCGAUUUCAAACCAGAUCCUGAAAUGCAGUAUAUCGUACAUUAUACUGCCAAUAAUGGCGCUAGUGGUAGUGUGCCACUUGACUGUGGCACAGUCAAAAAAGACCCACAUGUGACCACAUUCGAUGGGUUUAAGUACAACUUCAAUGGAAACUGUUCAUAUACAUUGACUAAGAGCUGUGAUAGUGAUAUCCACCCAUCGUUUGAAGUCACUGCUGAUUUCCGUGCAAGAAACCGUAGCUACCCAUACAAACCAGUGACAUUCAUGGUUGCGUUCAAUGUGACUUCAAAUGGAAAACAACUGAUUCGAAUAAAUGAAGACGACACAGUGCUGAUCAAAGGAAAGCCCAUUGCGCCACCAUCGGCAGAGAUUGGCAAUGAUGAAGGCUACAUCGAUGUAGAACAAAAUGGAAUCAACAUAUAUCUGAAGAAGCCUGCUUUAUCUUUGACAUGGGAGAGACGGAUUCAUGGUCUAAACAUUGGAUUUAAUGACAUUAACCUGCGUGGUAAAGUGUGUGGAUUGCUUGGAAAUGAUGAUGGUAAUCCACAUAACGACUUCACUCUUCCGGAUGGACGACGAACGUUUCACGCCGAGGAGUUUGGAAAUAGUUGGUUAAUUCCCGACAGCUGUCCCUAAAGUUGUCGUUGAUGAUACACGAUUGUGUGCUUAUGCUACUAUGGUGGUUUAUGGCUUAUUUCAUAACGGUUUAUUGAUAACAAUAAGUUUACAUAUUAUGUUUUCGGAAGAAUAAUUCUGGCAACUUAUUUUGAUUGUUCAAGAUUACAGCAUAUUUUAAUGGGUUGGUUCUCGGAAUAUUAACACUGUACUGUACUUGUUUUGGUUCAAAAUAAAACGGGUGUAUAAUGGGA